AUGGAAGUCGAUAUAAAUAGGUCGGAAAUAACAGCAGUAUGCAGGGUGGGAAGACAGAAUGGUAGUAACCCAAGGCACAUUCUGGUUUCCUUCAAAGAUAACUGUAUAAAAAUCGCAGCAUAUAACAAGAAAAAGAUGCUGAAAGGUACUAAAAUUGUUGUUAAAGAGGACCUAACCAUUCAGCGUUUAAAAGCCAUGAAACCAGCUUCAGAAAAGUUCGGGUUUAGAAAUGUUUGGACUGUCAACGGAAAUGUGUUCGCUAGAACUGAUAAGGGGGUAUACAAGUCUGAGCCUAAAACUGAACCAUUCUACUGUACUUAUCGUAGUUUUAAUCAUUCUAAUGAGCAUGAGUUCCACAGUGACCCACAAAAGCUCUCUCUGUUAGAUAUUUGCUAUGCUAGGAAACUAAUGAGAGAUAGAGACAAAGCUAGUACUGGAGUCUUUCCCUGUGGUAGAACAAAAUACCCCAUGGAUCGUUUAGAUCCCGAGAAAUUGAAAACGUAUAAUUCAGGAAGUACAGUUGACCAACCAGAAAUUUCAGAGGAACAAGAUUUUUCCCAGCAGUCCCUUAAUUGUACAAAUACUAAUUCAACUUUGCCUCAGUCUCAAAGUGUUCUCAAUAACAUUGCAGAAAACAAUUCACUCUCCCCGUCAGAAUUUUUAUCCAUUGUACCUCCAGCCGUACCUAGCACAAGCGAUGGUAGUGUCGACAUUGAUCAAGGUCCUACCUCUUUCGGGUCACUUCUACUCGCGAAGGUUAAAAGAAGAACUCCAAAUAGGCAAAAAAGGCGCAAAAUAUAUGGGUCUGCUAAAGUGUUAACUAAUUCUGAAUACAUGCAAGAAAUUAUUUCUAAAACGGAAAAAGGAAAGGCACAUAAGAAAAAAGCCAACAAAAAGAAGAAUGAAGUAUUAAGUGACAGUGAAGACGAGGAGAUUGGAGAAAUCUAUGAAGAUGAAAGUGCCCCGGAAAAUUUGACAUUAAAAAAUAUUGUGGAGAGUGAAAUUGAGCCCGAUCAAGAUGUAGAUACAUCCACUAUUAAGAAAGACGACUACGUACUCGUACAAUUUCCCACGAAAAAGAAGAUUGUAUAUUACGUUGCUAAUGUCGAAUCGAUAGAUAAUAAUGGUUCUCCUGUAGUAUCUUAUCUUCGGCGUAAGGGCAACUCAUUUGUGUACCCUUCCAAUCCAGAAACGUUCAAGAUUAUGGCGAGACGAAUUGACAGAAUCUUCGAUGCGUUGAAGUCUACUACCAGCUAUGAACCAGUAAAUGAAAAAAAUAAUAACUACGACCUAUCGAAGGCUAUUCAGGAUGCUGAAAUGAUAUUUUCAGACGCUGCUGGCGAAGACUACAGUGCUGUUGGAAAUGUGGAUUCAGUAGAAGCGCAAAGUGCUAGCGAGUGCAAUAGUGAAUUUGUAGACGCACAAAUUAGCGAUUUUGUAGUUGAUGGAGAAGUCAGAAUGAUGAUGGAAGACGCAAGUGAUGAAGCUGUGGCUCCAAUUCAGUUGAGUAUUGUUGAAAUUGGCCAACGUGAUUCCAUUUUCGAUGAAAUACCUUCCUGUUCAGGAGUACAAUCCACUAUUAUUGAAAAUCUAACUGUAGAAGAUUGUGAGAGCUCCGACUUAGAUGAGUCUGAUCAUACGCCUUGUACUAAACUAUCGGAUAAGAUAUUAGAAGACGAAGGACCCCGUCGGAAGCGUUCAACAAAGUAUGAAGUAAACAAAAAUAAAUGGCAUGAAAACAAGAAUCGAAUUAAAAGAGAAAAGGGAGAAUCAUACGUAGGGAAAAAAAGGAAAAUGGGAUGUGGAAAUAUGACAUUUUAA